CCCUCCCAGCUCCCAGAGCCUGCGGGUGCAGCAAGAUGGCGGACGGUGACGGCUUAGGUGAAGCAGCGACUGCUGCGGCAUCUCCUCCCGCACCUGCUCCCGGCCAAAGCCUGUCCCUGGGCUGGAGGGAGCGGCUACGGGCUGGGCUGGCUGGGACUGGGGCCUCGCUGUGGUUCGUGGCGGGGCUGGGACUGCUUUACGUUCUGAGGGUCCCGCUGAGGCUGUGUGAGAAUUUGGCAGCGGUGACAGUAUUUUUAAAUUCAUUGACGCCCAAAUUCUAUGUGGCACUUACAGGAACAUCUUCUUUGAUAUCAGGACUAAUAUUUAUGUUUGAAUGGUGGUACUUCCAUAAGCAUGGCACGUCUUUUAUUGAGCAAGUAUCUGUGAGCCAUUUGCGACCUCUGAUGGGAGGAACGGAGAGCAGCAUUUCAGAGCCAGGUUCUCCUUCUAGCAACAGAGAAAGUGAAACCAGCAGACAGAAUUUGUCAGAAUGCAAAGUAUGGAGGAACCCUCUAAAUCUUUUCAGAGGAGCAGAAUAUAGGAGAUACACUUGGGUGACUGGUAAAGAGCCACUUACCUACUAUGACAUGAAUUUGUCAGCUCAGGACCAUCAGACCUUUUUCACCUGUGACACGGACUUUUUACGUCCUUCAGACACAGUUAUGCAGAAGGCAUGGAGGGAAAGAAAUCCUCCAGCUCGAAUCAAAGCAGCCUAUCAAGCUUUAGAAUUAAACAAUGACUGUGCCACUGCAUAUGUUCUACUGGCUGAGGAAGAAGCAACAACUAUUGUGGAUGCUGAAAGGUUAUUUAAACAGGCACUCAAGGCAGGAGAGACAAUUUACAGGCGGUCACAGCAGUGCCAGCACCAAAGUCCUCAGCACGAAGCUCAACUGAGAAGAGAUACGAAUGUACUGGUAUAUAUUAAAAGAAGAUUAGCAAUGUGUGCAAGAAAAUUAGGAAGAAUAAGAGAAGCAGUAAAAAUAAUGAGAGAUCUGAUGAAAGAAUUUCCUCCUCUUACCAUGUUGAACAUCCAUGAGAAUCUCCUAGAAUCACUUUUAGAAUUACAGGCCUAUGCAGAUGUUCAGGCUGUCCUAGCAAAAUAUGAUGAUAUAAGCCUUCCAAAGUCAGCAGCAAUCUGUUACACAGCAGCACUAUUGAAGACAAGGACUGUUUCAGAUAAAUUCUGUCCUGAAACAGCCUCCAGAAGAGGGCUAAGCAUGGCAGAAAUUAAUGCUGUGGAAGCAAUUCAUAGAGCUGUGGAAUUUAAUCCUCAUGUUCCAAAAUAUUUACUAGAGAUGAAGAGUCUAAUUUUACCUCCAGAACACAUUCUGAAACGAGGUGAUAGUGAAGCAAUUGCCUAUGCUUUCUUCCAUCUUCAGCAUUGGAAGAGAAUAGAAGGUGCUCUGAAUCUGUUACAGUGUACGUGGGAAGGCACUUUUAGAAUGAUUCCAUACCCUUUAGAGAAAGGCCAUCUAUUUUACCCUUAUCCCAGCUGCACAGAGACUGCUGAUAGAGAGCUAUUACCUACCUUUCAUCAUGUUUCUGUUUACCCAAAGAAGGAGCUUCCUUUUUUCAUCCAUUUCACAGCAGGACUGUGUUCUUCUACAGCAAUGAUAGCUCUUCUCACACACCAGUUUCCUGAAAUCAUGGGUGUUUUUGCUAAAGCUGUAAGUAUGAUCUCAAGGACUUGUGUAGAGUAUUUGUAAAACACACAAGAAACCAUCUCUGAUCUGUUUGUGCUAAGCCAGUUGAUCAGUGGAAGAUGUUUGUUAUAGUAAAUUACAGGAACUGAUUUGUAAAGUUGCUGCCAUAAAUAUGUCAAACAUAAGUUUCUUGGUGACUUGAGCUAUAUUUUUGUUGCUUAAAAAUUUAAAGACUACAAUGGUGUAACAUUAUACAGUUGGUCUUUGUAGAUCACUUUUGGUGGUAGACACAGCACUUGUUACUAGCUGAGGAAUAAUCCAACUCUUUUAAAUGCUUUCUUUUUGGCAUUUAAAAAAAUUCCCUAUUUUGUAAACAAAUUUUGAUUUUUCCAUUUAAAUGAAAUCAUCAGUUGUAAGCUUUGCUGAUGGAGAAUAAGUAGGUAAGAUGGUACAGAUGCGACAUUUGCCCUGAGUACAGAAUACGCUUCUUUACUCAAAGCUUCUCCCUGUUGUAUCUUCAUGUUCUUAUUGACUUUCCCCAAUCUUGGGUGUAAAACCGCGUAUAGACCUUUAGUUUCAUUUUUGUCCUUCAAUUUUGAACUACUUCCCCAUUUCCUGACCCAGGUCCAGAAAGUACUUGAUAUUAGAGAGAGUAUCCCAUGAUUAUUUACUCUUCUACAUAAAGUUAGUAAUUAGUGGCACUGGCUUAAAGUAAAAUUACCAAAGAUAAGUCCCUUUGAGUCUCUGAGCCUUUAAAAAAAUGUGUCUCUCUUGUACAUCUUGGCAUUUUUACCAGGUAAUAAUAGUUCAAACCCAAAAGGAAAAUGCUAAUUCAUUCUAGUCCCAGAUCAAAAAGCAUUGAGAACUGUAGAAACACUGGCCCUUACUCGGUAAUGUAAUUUCUAUAUUUUUCUCUAUAUGCCUCCAUUUUGACUCUCUGUUUCCUCACAAUUUCUUUUUCUGCCUUAAGAACAGUUUAUUUUGUGCCUUAAAGAUCAGUUGGUUUUCUUUUGGCACCAGUAGUAAAAGCACUGGUUUCCCUUUUUCCCUGAAGGUCAACUGUAUAAUGUGUUAACUUGCCACUGGCUGUAGGCCUAGGAGUCUGCGACUGCACUUGAUUCUGGGUCAGUCUUCAAGGGGAAUGACUUCCCACUGUUGUUCAGGGAGUAUAGCUAUUUGGGUUGGAAACGGACUAUUUCCUUUUAGUGUAAAAGGGAAGUGUAGUGAUCAUACCAUAACUGUUAUUCGCAGUGGUGCUGCCUAGGGAGUGAGUGCAUCUCAAACUGAAAUGACCUUACUGUGUAAUCUGGCAUGGAAAAAGUUGACUAGAAAAGGAAUCCUGUCCAUUUAACAACUGGAAAAAUAUAUGCAGCUGUGUAUUUGAGAUCACAGGCGAGCAGUGGAAAACUCCUUGGGUUUCUCUCAGGGCAGUGGGGAAAAGAUAAAAUUGAGUGAGGAGCAAGAUCUAGAAUCUGGAAUCGAUAGGUAGCAAUUGUUAGUAGUAUACUUCCAGCUAAAAAUAAUGUGGAGUGUACUCACUAUCUGUUCUGUCCAUUCAUGUUAGUAUAUAGUGUCUGUCUUUACCUGAGACAUUGCUGAUGGCACCGGAAGAGCCUUUAAGAUUACAUAGCACAAGCUCCUUAGCACUCUUCUAGAAGAGUCUGAGAAUGAAUAAUUAUGUAUUUUAAAGUGGACACUUUUUUUUAGACCAAAAGUUAUUAAUUUACUGUGAUUCUAGUUAGUGAACAAUAAACAGGCAUUUAUUUACUAUCUUUUGAUAUUUGUAUGGUUGGUGGUAUAUAGUGAAAAAUGUGCCUCACAGCAAACUUUUAUAGCCACAUUUUAUCCUCUGGCCUUUACAUGCACAUUUUAAGUUCCUAAAAGCUAACUAUUUACUGAAAGUACCUGGAGAUCAAUAUUUGGUAUGCUGCAGUAUCAAAGUCAGGUUUCAUUGAAGACUUUAUGGAAAAUUAUUACAUAAGGGCCAUCCCCAUCUUAUGAACACAACGUAUAAAUGCCGAACAGCCAAUCAGCCAGCAACGGAGCUGGAGGCUCAAAUUCUACUUCUUCACCUCUUAAUAUAGUGUGGUCUAUGGAGUAGGAACGUCACCAUCACCCAGAGUGGUCUAUGUAGUAGGAACAUCACCAUCACCCAGGAGCUUGUUAGAAAGACAUAGCCUCAGGCACCACUCCACACGUCCUGAAUCUGCUUUUUAACAUGACCCCCAGGUGAUCCUGUAUGCACAUUUAAAAUCUAAGAAGCCCUGCUCUCCUCUACCCCCAUAGGAGGAACGUAGAUUGCUUGGAUAGUGCCACUUUUUUGAGGUAGAGAAGGGGGGCAGCAUUGCAGAAUGGUGAUGAGCAUAGGUUCUGGAGCCAAACUGCUUUGCUUUGAGUUCCAGCCUGACAUUUACUGUCUGUGCAACUUCAGAUAAGUUACUUAACCAUUUCUCCCCCUCAUCGUGAAAUGAGAGUAGUACUUCCUCAUGGGUUUUUGUGAGGGUUAAAGGGGAGUGUUACUGUUGUUGUCACCCGUCAUGGUCAUCAUUAUCACCAAAGUGCAGCUGUAGUGAAGAAUACUACCCCCUUCACGCUGUGGGAGCCAUGUCCCAAUAGUACAUUCAAAAUGUGUUUCCCACAGAAAUUGUAGUAUAAAUGGUGGUUAUAUGUCAUUUAAACAAGACUGUCAGUACCAUACUGCUGGUACACUAUGUGUAUUUGUACCACCAAAAGGGGAGAAAUGUUUCAGAUUCUAGGAGCUGGCAAACUGCCUCGUAGAACAGAAACUAUUGGUCAAUUGCAAACUGCCUAUGUUAGGGUUUUCAAUUAAGUCAUAUAUUUGAUAGCCAAAUAUAGUGGAACUCAAUCUAUUUAGGAAGGCAAAACAAUUUAAGAAAAUUUCCUAAAUUUCUUCUAUUGUUGUCAUGGUCCCCUCCUCAUCUAAUAUAUAUUUUUGUUUUAGCUCACAUGCUAGAGUAAUUUACUUUGAAUUUGUUAAAAUACAUUUGUUACAAAAAUUGCUUUUUUUGUGAAGCAAGGCACUACGGAUUAAUGAUUUUUAAUAACCCCACUGUACAUCAGAUUGAGAUAAAUGGAAGGGAAUGAACUAGAAUGGUUAGUGGUUUUAGUGCCUGGUUGUUGUUGUUUUGUUUUUUGUUUUUUGUUUUUUUUUGCAUGGUAUAAAGCUAUAUGGAAUAAGACUUCAGUGUCAGCAAGUUAGGACUUUUUUCUUGUUUUUUUUUCCUGGCUGAGAUGAAAACCAAGCCUGACAUUCGACAUAGAGCAAUAAUAAUAAUAAAAAAAUGCAUAAGUCCCUGGAGAUGUGGAAUGUGCUGAUAUCAGAGCCGAUAUUCUCCAAGGCCAGAAUUCCUGAAAAAGGAAAAAUUGCUUUUAAGUGGUAGGUCAUUUUCUCACCUGCUUUGAAGCCUGCUGGGUUAAAUAUGAGAGUUCAAAGUAAGGGUAGCCAGCAAACCAAAUGAACUGGAAUCUGAUUCUGCUUAUCUGAAAGGAGCUUCUUUAUUUAAGAGCAGCACUGCCCUCUCCUUAGAGAACCAAUCUUCAUCUACUCUGGCCCCUUUCAUUUCUCUCUUGCAAGAAAAGCUUUCUUCUUAGUAAGCCUUGGGAGGGCGUUAUCACAGCAGUGAAGACUAAAGAUGGUCUUUGGGGAUUUCACUAACUUGCUGAUGAAUUCAGGCUUGUGGCAUGUGACUUUAGUACUUUGAAUUCAGAAGUGUGUUUGAAUAUAAAAAUCCCUAGUUGGGUUUUAACUAAAUAGGAUAGCCUUUGCAACUUGGCAGAAAAAGGUGUUAGUGGGUAAAGACAGGAAUAAAAAAGAUUCCCAAAUAAAUUGUUUGUUUCACUAAAGCAAACCUCUGUUGAAAUCUGUUUCACUGAACACAUAUUGUAGCUGUGCUGAGGUGGGAAUGGGCCCUGUUUCCACAUAUUUUUACUAAUCUUUAUGUGGGAAAAUGUGGUUGGACAUGCCAGUGAUGAAUUUCUGAGCAACUCAUAAUUGGCUGGCUCCACUGUAACUAGGGCCUAACGAUCUGCUUGAUUAAUUCUUUAAGGACUACAUUAGCCAAGUUGCAUGAUUUCCAAAGAUAUAGAAGGUCAGAUGUUAUACUAACAAAAGACCUUUCUACAGAA